AUGUUUUUGCAUUCUGCCCUUUUGUACAAGUCAGUAACUUGUGACUGUUGCUUGCACCUACAAGCGGGUAUCUCAAUUGUAACUUCUUGGAUCGAUAACGAAGAUCAAUAUUAUGCUUUCGGCUCUUCGUAUGGCAAGGAGACAAACACCGAAUCGGGCACUAUCAAGUCAGCUAAAGUUUUUCUCGUUGGUUGCAUCAUCAGAUUCGACUUAUUAUCAAGUCUCACCAGAAAUUCUGUCCCAGCGUUGAGUAGACGUUAUCAACAAUUUCUGCACGCAUCUUCUUAUAGUUCACCUCUACAAGCAGCUUUGCAGUGCCGCAGUUGGAUUUUCAGCAUACUAUUGGACGUAUAUUCCCUACGUGAAUGGAAAGGGAAGAAAGAGGUAAAAGGGCUACUUAGUUUACGAGAACUAGUAUCUAAAGCCUUCCCAAUCAAGAAAACAUUGGAAAGGGGCAUUUCCAUGAAUAUGGAAGAGAUUAACAACUUCAAGCAGAAUCUUGAGAGUACUGAACAAAGUACGAACACUAAGCCUGAGCAACCAAGCUACAAUAUACUCGUUGUGAUACACAUUUUUGCAUGCUCUGUAUCCAUCUUUCUGGAAGUGGUAUUAUCUGGACCCUUACCAAAGUUGCCAGAGAUCCAACAUGAAGUUCAUCGAGCACUUGAGUCUUACGCUUACAUCAACGAUCCCGAUCUCCUAAAUAUAUUGCGCUGGCCAUUGUGUGUGGCAGCAUCUGUAGCAGAGCCGGAUCAGUAUGAUUUCUUUAGAAGCUUGCUGGCUUCCCCAAAUGUAUCGUGGAUCGCCACAUUUCGUGAAUCUUUGGAGCGUCUUGAAGAGUACUGGCGAGUAAGUCUAGAUAUGAAAUAUACUGAUGCCAGUGUUGAGUCUGCACGUUCUCGGAGAUUUAUGACUUGGGAUAUCUUGGUUUCAUAG